AUGAUGCACACAUACUACCUAUUAGGAUUUGUGAUAUUUAGUUGUUUUGUUUCAGAUGUUUUAUGUAAGCUACUCUAUCGGUUGGAGCCUCAUCUAUCGCAAUCCAAGAUUCUAAACUUUUCCAAAACUCACAUUCAUCCGAGUGUUGAGAAUGACCAAGAUUCGGAGGAUACAAACCAGCAAUCAUCAACCUACGAACCUGGAGAGGAAGUAAAUGAUGAUCAACAAGGUCAGACGGAGGAACAUAACAACCUAGAAAAUGAAACAGAGAAUCGCAAAUAUAAUCCAGAACCAUCCAAUCAAUUUGAUAACUAUAAGGAACCAAAAGAAAGUCCAUACGAUCAUUCCUCAGCAAGAACCGAAAAUGUAGACAUAAAUCAACAUACCAAAAAGGGUGAUAACGAUAGCAACAAUAAAAUAGUCGAUGAUAUAAACAAAGAUGAGCAGAUUCAUAACAUGCAUCAAGAUGCCGGUGACAUGAUUAAGAAAGCUGAUGAAACCAAAACAAUGGCAGAAGAUAUUAAAAAUAGCUACAAAAAUGCCACUACCAAUGAGUCUGGUGAUAAUCCUCAUACACAUACAGAUUCACAUUCUAUACCAAAGGUUCCAGGUACGAUGUAUCUAAGGGAUGUAAUGUAUUGUAUAGGUGAAGGGAAUAUUGUCAUCACAAAUAAUACUACCACAAUUCCUAAAGAUAAUGAUAAGGAAGAGAAAGUCGAUCCCAUGAAGUCUAUCAUUAGUGCUACCAGAAGCUUAUAUGAGAGAGGUAGACAAAAAAAUUUGCCGAUAUCGGAACCGGAUGACUUAUCUACUCCAGAACAAGUUUAUGCUGCACUGAAUGCGCUAGAAUAUAUUAUAGAUGGAUAUUGUCACUCUAAAAUUGACAUUAAAGAUGAGAGCCCCAAAGAUGAUGCAGAAAACACAGCUGAAGAAAAUUCUGAGAAUCCUGUUGGCGAUGAUGCAACUGAGCCAUCCAGAUUCAUGCAGUCUAGUCAUCUGGGAAAUGAUGAAGAUGAAGAAGACGAUGAAUAUGGAGAGGGGGAAGAGGAAGAGGAAAAAGGUGAAGAUACUGUCAACAAGGAGAGCAGCCACGAACUAAACCCUCAUAAGGCUGCUGAACAAAUAAAAGGAGUAAGUUUAAAGCUAUAUCUAACAGUAAUAAAUUAG